AUGCCAACCCUUAAUGUGAGCGAGUUGAACAUUGUCCUCGGCGUCCUUGGACUGUUCACCUUGCUGUACGGCAUCAUCUCGGUCAAGAUCAAGUGCAAGUGGUACUUGGGUGAAGCCUUGCCUGCGGUCCUCAUAGGUGUCCUGCUGGGACCCAUAUCAGCCAAAUUUCUCGACAGCACGAUGGGGCUCUGCAACGGAGGGACAAACCAACGCCAUCACCCUGCUGGUGAUCGCAGGCUACCAGCUGCCCGCCAAGUACCAAUAAUUACGAAGGAAGGAGAUGGCCUUGUGUUUGCUUCCCAUCAUGACGAUCAUAUGGCUCUGUACUGCCCUCUGCAUGCUCGCUACGGUGCCCAAGAUCACCUUGCUGGCGUUACGUGCACCGACCCCAUCCUCUCCCAGGCCAUCGCCAAAGGACCCUUCGCCGACAGGUUUGUUGCUCGGCCUCUGCGCGAGAUCAUCUCCUCUGAAACGGGCGCCAACGAUGGCUUUGGAUUCCCUUUCCACAUGCUGGCCGUCUACCUCAUCCGCCAUGCCGACAUUCCUGGUGCUGGAGAAGGAGGGGAGACCGCUUCGGUCGCCGAGAGAGCCAUGAGUCUUUUUGCUCGCUCAGAGGAGGGAGUCGGUCGUCUUGGCGGCGGCAUCCACGUGGCUCUCACCAACUGGGUCGUCGAGACGUGGCUCUACAUUGUCUUCAUGUCUGUUGCCAUCGGCAUCGUUGUCGGCUUUGGGUCCGGAAAGGCAUUGAAUUUUGCUCUGCUCAUCAAAAGCUUUGCGCCAUCUUCAAGUCAGCUAACCGUGUCUUCAAAGCUGUGGCUCGUCGGCAUCUGCGGCAUGCUGGGCACAGACGACCUGCUCGCCUACUUCGUCGCCGGCAACGCCAUGAACUGGGACGGAGAGUUCUUGGCGGAGACCGAAAAGCGUCACGACGAAGUCAACUCUUGCGUCGAUGUCCUCCUUAACUUUGGUGACUUCAUGUACAUCGGCACAGGCCGCCUCUUCGCCCUCGGGGGUUUAGUCCUCCUCUUCCGCCGUAUCCCAGCCAUCCUGACGUGCUACAAGAUCAUGCCUAAGGUGUGCCAGAACUGGAAGGAGGCGCUGUUCAUGGGCUACUUCGGUCCUAUCGGCGCCGGCGCUGUCUUCUACGUCGAGCACACCCGCCACCUCUUCCCGGAGCUCGUCAAGGGCGACGAAGAGGAGACGAACCUCGUUCAAGUCAUGGCUCCUGUGGUCUACUGGCUGGUGCUUUUCUCGAUUGUUGUCCACGGGCUGUCGAUCCCUGCGCUGAACCUGAUUUACAAGUACGCCGGCGUCAAGCCUACCCAGGAGGCCGCUACCGAGAUCCGCCGCGUCUCGAUGCAUGUGCCCACGCCGAACAACGCCAUGGUCGGCGACCGCGACACGUUCAUUGCGUAUAACCGCUUCUCGCGCCCUGUAUUCAACACUGCUGAGUUGCCGUACUUGAAGAAAAACCAGAAGAUGUACACACACGAUGAGAAGUCUUUUGACAGCUUGGGGGAAUAG